CCUCGAGACUCUGACCUCUCUAUCUCUGUGUGUGUCUCUCUCUCUCUCCCUCCCUCUCUGAAAGUUACUGACUGCUCGUAUUCAGUUGCUCUGCUAGCGUGCGCCACCGGGAUUGAUACUGUAUUAUCGUGUGCUGCUUUCCCUGAGAUGUCGCCGGCGGCAUCUGGAACGACCUUGGUGAUUAGAAUCUCGAGGUAUAGGAGGGCCCACUAGGGAUAAGAAAGAGAAAAAAGAAUUGCUAUCGGACGGCGGGGAUCGAAGGGACGAAUCUUCUCGGGACCCACUUUGAGGAGAGGAAUGGACGGCCAGAAGAGCCAGGCGAAGCUCACGAGAACACAGUCCUCACUGCUCCGGUCCUCUCCGACCAUCAGAUCGUCCAUUCAAAGUCUCUCUUCGGUCACCGAGGAGGACGCCAUCGCACCCUACCAAGAAGACGAGGAGGAGGAGAAGUUGAAGAAACCCAGGAAAUCCGGUUCUACCCCCAGAGCCGGGUCAACCCGGUUCGUCAACCCAGUCCUGGCCAUGGCCUCGUUCUCUUUCUUCACAAUCUUGUCGUUUUUGUUCUUCCUCUACUUGUUUUACCUGAGAAAGGAAGAGAUAUACACUUCUGAGAACCUCCUCUUGGCUCUGAUUUUCAUCGCGGUGACGCUCUUCUUCGCGUCCAAGAACAAGGGUCUGAUCCACCAGACCAUACUGGUCCUCAAACACUCGUGGGACGAAAACGCGAAGAGACUUGGGCUAUCGAGGACCAACUCGAAGCCGGUCCAGUGGUUCAUCGGCGACCCGACCGUCCAAAAAGCGACGAGGAACAAGAAGAUCAUACGGGAAGGCGUGGAGUUCUACAGCAAUGGCGACUUCUACGAGGGGGAGUUCCACAAGGGUAGGUGUAAUGGAAGUGGGGUGUACAAUUACUUCGUGAAUGGGAGGUACGAGGGGGACUGGAUCGACGGGAAGUACGAUGGGUACGGGAUUGAGAGCUGGGCAAGAGGAAGCAGGUACAAGGGGCAGUAUAGGCAGGGCCUGAGGCAUGGCUACGGGGUUUACAGGUUCUAUACUGGGGACUCUUAUGCAGGGGAAUGGUUCAAUGGGCAGAGCCAUGGGGUCGGAGUCCAAACCUGCUCCGAUGGGAGCUGCUAUAUCGGGGAGUUCAAGUUUGCGGUUAAGCACGGUCUCGGCUGCUACCACUUCAGAAAUGGAGAUAGAUAUGCGGGAGAAUAUUUUGGAGACAAAAUUCAUGGAUUUGGGGUGUAUCACUUUGCAAAUGGUCACUGUUACGAGGGGUCGUGGCAUGAAGGUCGUAAACAAGGCUAUGGAAUGUAUACCUUCCGAAGUGCAGAGACAAGAUGUGGUGAAUGGGAUGCCGGUUCCCUUAAGCACCCUCUUCCCCAACUAACCGAUGCGGUCCUUCGAGCUGUUCAGGCUGCUAGAAAAACAGCAGAGAAUGCUAUUAACCUUACCCGAGUGGAUGAGCAGGUGAACAAGGCAGUCAUGGCUGCAAAUAGAGCAGCCACUGCUGCUAGAGUUGCUGCUGUGAAAGCUGUUCAGAACCGAAUGGAUGGGAAAUUUUGCGACACUAAUGUCUCUGAGUCUGGCUUUGUUUGAGAAGCGUAAAUUUCACUAAUUGUUAACGUUUGGGAUAUCAGUUGUAACCCCAGUGAGCAAAAGCUCAUCGGAGGUUGAGGGAGAGAGUAUGUUAGAGGUUUUCUCUAUCACACUGCAACUUGUAUAUACCACCCCAUG